AUGCUUGAUGCACAGAAUCUGUCCCUUUGGUUCACGGGUGUCAGUGCACUCGACAGCUCUGCCUCUGAGAUUGCUGUUUUAGUGUUUUUGUCUUGCUGGAAAAAUCUGGGUCCCAUCUUUGCUCUCUUUGUGCCUUUCUACUUCUCUGUUCCAAGUGUUCAAGUGGUGCAAAUCCUGGGCAGGUUUUCCAUAACAAACAAAACCCUGGUCUACAUUAUGGGUUUACAGCUUUUGACAUCUAGUAUGACUACAUGGAUUUUGGCCUUUAGUGGAUUACUUUCUGGAAUUGUUUACCACUACAAUGUGCUGAAGGUACAGCGAUUACUUUGUGUACCGAAGUGGGUGACCAGGUGUGCCUCGUUUAUUCUUGAACCUCUCUUCUCAUCUGCUGAUCCCACUGACGAAGCUCCCAUUGGAAUGGGCGCAACCCUGGAAAUUCAGAGACAGCAGAGGAUGGAAAUGUUGGAUCAGCAAAUCAUGCUGGCUCAGCUUAACCAGAACAACAGGAGGCAUCAGUGGCAGGGUGGUCUAAUUAACUGGAAUAGGCUGUUCCCACCAAUGCGUAACAGAUUUCCUGCUAACAAUCAACACCAAGAGAGUGGACUGAACAGACCUUCCACAGCUGCUCCAGUUUCUGAAGAGCAGGGGAAUGUGAGUAUCAUUGGCUCAGCCAGCAAUUGUUGCCCAUUCCUAAUUGUCCUGAAGAAGGCGGUGAUGAGGUGGCGAGGCUGAUGGAGAUGGGCUUUUCUAGAGUAGAUGCUAUGGAAGCUCUGAGAGCUACCAAUAAUGACCUUAAUAUGGCCACCAACUUCCUGCUUCAGCAUUGACAACAGCAGGCCAUUUACAAGGACUAUGCACAUCUGACUUCAGCAUUCUACAAGCACGUAUUGAGAUUGCACUGUGUAGCGCAGAAGUCAGAAAUGUGUGGGAGGAGAAGGGAUAUACCUGAUUUAAAAUUGUAAGAGCUGAUUAUAUUUUGGCAUCAAGUCUAUGUAAGAAUCACAAAAGGUAAUCAAUUAAGGGAACAGACCUAAGAGAGUCAUAAUUUUAAUAAAUAAGGUAUUC